UCCCCGGCAGCCUGAGAUCCCAGGAUAUGAGCCGGAAGAGGCAGCGCCUGGUCCCGGACGCCUUUGGGCUGAAGAGGCGGCGGGAACGAGGGCAGGCAGAGGCGGAUCCUCUGAGGGGCGAGUCAGGGUCGGCGCGCGCGGCCGUCGCCGAGCUGGUGCAGCUGUUCCCGCGAAGCCUGUUCGAGGACGCGCUGCCGCCCAUCGCGCUGAGGAGCCAGGUGUACAGCCUUGUGCCCGACCGGACGGCGGCCGACCGGCAGCUGGUGAGUGGCGUCGGAGCGACGGACGGAAGCCGCUUCCCGGCGUCGCGGGCGCUCCCGAGGGUCCCCAUCACCCAGACGAAGGCGCUUCAAGAGCAGGGGGAGAUCAGAAUCAUCCAGCUAGGCUUUGACUUGGACGCCCAUGGAAUUAUCUUCACUGAGGACUACAGGACCAGAGUCCUCAAGGCCUGCGAUGGCCGACCAUAUGCUGGGGCAGUGCAAAAGUUUCUGGCUUCGGUACUUCCAGCCUGUGGGGACCUUAGCUUCCAGCAAGACCAAAUGACACAGACCUUCGGCUUCAGGGACCCAGAGAUCACGCAGCUAGUGAAUGCUGGAGUCCUCACCGUCCGAGAUGCCGGGAGUUGGUGGCUGGCCGUGCCUGGAGCUGGGAGAUUCAUUAAAUAUUUUGUUAAAGGGCGCCAGGCUGUCCUUGGCAUGGUCCGGAAGGCCAAGUACCGGGAGCUACUCCUAUCAGAGCUUUUGGGCCGGCGGGCGCCUGCCGCGGUGCGACUUGGCCUCACCUACCACGUGCAUGACCUCAUUGGGGCCCAGCUGGUGGACUGUGUCUCCACCACUUCUGGAACUCUCCUCCGCCUGCCAGAGACGUGAGGAUUCUGCUUGUCAUUGCAUACCUCCCCAGAGUGGGGUGAGAGGGGCUCAGGAGUACUGUCCAGUGGUGGCUGAGACAGGGUCACCUUGGGAAGGCGAGGGAGCGCGGAUGAGUGUUGGCAUUGUAUCUGCACAAAGGGUCAGACGUGAUUGCUGCUGUUUACCUGGGCUCUGACCCAGUGGUGGGGUUUGGGCAAUGCUUCUCUGCCCUUCCAUGGAAGUGGAGCCUGAAAGCAUGCCAAGGCCAUGGCUGUUGCCUUCCUUGCAGCAAAGUACUGCUGUCACAUUCUUGGGAUAGGAAGAUGGGAUUUCUGGGGAGGCUGGUGAGGGAGGGCAGAAUCCUCUGUCCUACAUGUCGAGGUAAACUGCCAAAUAAAGUACUUCUGC